ACACAAAAAUGGAGAAUAAGAUUAUCUAUAAUAAGAGCACACUAUACACUACAAGAAAAUAAGCACUUUGCAACAGUUGUGAUCCCAUCGAAGAUUUGUGUGUUGCAAGCGCACUUUUCCCCGUUGCACUUAGUAAGGUACCAAGGUAUAUAUUGUUGCGAUCUUGUAUUUAUUGUGUUACCUUUUCUGCGGAGGGUUGCAUGUUUUGAGGAUUCUGGGAGAACGAGCUUGGCCAAUGGUGUUUCCCGUGUCUGCCCCUAAGGGAUUCUUGGUUCGAGGUGGACUUUGUGUCGACAAGACCACACAACUCCACAGUGGCUAGCCAAGAGAAGGGUUCACCAUUUGUUCAAUGUGUCUUAUGGUUUCACGUGUGGGAAGCAUUGUAUUUCUUCAUUACGGGUGCCGCCUACGUUGAUAAGUAUUAACUGUCAGGAUUGUACAUGAACAAUGAUGUAUGUUACUCUUGACUUGUACGCGAAGCUAUCUGAAUGAGAUGAAUAUGGACUUAUGAUGAUUAGGUCGUUUGGAUCGAACCUUGACCUAAUCCAGAACAAUGACUUUAUAUUAAGUGAUAAAAAAAAAACGAAAAAAGAUCUUAUAAAUUUAAGAAAAUAAUACUAUUCUUUUAAUCUAUGCUCCUAAGAUACUAGUAGUCAAUAUCUAUUUAUCCAUAUCCUCUCCUCUUAUAUUGUGUACAACAAUUAUAUUUCAACACUAUUAAUUUCCUCACCCAUAUUCAGUUCAAUACACAUCAUUUUUUUCUCUAUAUCAGCCAAAAUAAAAUCUAUAAUACAUGUAUGAGUGUACAAAUAACAUUUUAUAUAUAAUAACCAUCUUUUCAUAUUUUUUUCCCCAUGCCUAUAUGUAUUCUUUAGAACUUACUCCUUCUAUUUUUCAUUUGUAAAUUCCCACUGUCUCUAUAUCUCUCUCUCUCUCACAAAGACACACUCUCUCUUACCUCAGUUGCUUCAUCAGCAAAAUCUGCAGAGAGUGCAGUGCAGGCUACAAAACCUUAACAAGAAAAAAAGUACAUCCUCUUCGUCUCAGUUACCAGUUAGUUAACUAACGGUUUUUAUCUUCUUCCAUUUUAUUCCCAAUUUACCCUUCUACCUCAACCACUCCACCGCCUUCAUCAAAAUGAUAACCUGGGGCGAUCUCUACACCGUUUUAGCAGCAGUUGUUCCACUUUACGUAGCCAUGAUUUUAGCCUACGGUUCCGUACGGUGGUGGAAAAUAUUCUCACCGGACCAAUGUUCCGGCAUAAACCGUUUCGUCGCGAUUUUCGCAGUUCCACUUCUUUCUUUUCACUUCAUCUCAACAAACAACCCUUAUGCCAUGAACUUCAGGUUCAUCGCUGCAGAUACACUACAAAAAAUCAUCAUGCUAUUUGCACUUGCAAUUUGGACUAAUUUCUCUGCUAAUGGAAGUUUAGAAUGGAUGAUCACAAUUUUUUCUCUUUCAACUUUGCCAAACACUUUGGUUAUGGGAAUUCCACUUCUUAUUGCUAUGUACGGUGAAUAUUCCGGAACUCUCAUGGUUCAAAUUGUUGUUCUUCAGUGUAUUAUUUGGUAUACUCUGUUGUUGUUUCUAUUUGAAUAUCGUGGUGCUAAGCUUCUAAUUAUGGAACAGUUUCCUGAAACUGCUGCUUCUAUUGUUUCGUUUAAAGUUGAUUCUGAUGUUGUUUCACUUGACGGAAGAGAUUUUCUUGAAACUGAUGCUGAGGUUGGUCAUGAUGGUAAGCUUCAUGUUACUGUUAGAAAAUCUAACGCUUCCCGGAGAUCUUUCAUGAUGACUCCCCGGCCGUCGAAUCUUACCGGAGCUGAGAUUUACAGUUUGAGCUCUUCCCGGAAUCCCACGCCGAGGGGUUCUAAUUUUAAUCAUACUGAUUUUUACUCUAUGAUGGGUUAUGCGCCGAGACAUUCCAAUUUUGGUGCUGCUGAUGUGUAUUCUGUUCAGUCCAAUUCACGCGGCCCAACACCACGGCCAUCAAAUUUCGAAGAGAAUCCUGCGCUGGCGGUAGUGCCACCAGCGCAGGCUGCUACAAGUUCUCCGAGGUUUGGGUUUUAUCCGACACAAAAUGUGCCGGCAGCUUAUCCAGCUCCCAACCCAGAAUUUGCUUCUGGGUUGAGCAAGAGUGUUAGCAAAAAUUCUCAACAACAGUUAUCACAGCAACAGACAGAGAAAUUGGUUCAGGCACAACCACAAACAGUUACUAACAAUGGUGCUCCUGCUAAAACAAGUAGCGAUGCUAAAGAGCUUCACAUGUUUGUGUGGAGCUCUAGUGCCUCGCCGGUUUCUGAAGCCAGUGGGCUUCAAGUCUUCGGCAGUGGUACUGCUGAUUACGGAGCGUCCGAUCAAUCUGGACGCUCUGAUCAGGGUGCUAAGGAGAUUAGAAUGUUGGUUCCUGAUGAUCAUCCUCCAAAUGGUGUUACAAAUAAAGCUAUGACAGAAACAGAAUUUGGUGGGGAAGAGUUAAAGUUUCCAUUGAAAGAAGAAGAACUUCUGGUAGAAGAAGAUCAGGUUGAGAAAGUGGAAGAACCAGCUGGGCUGAACAAGCUAGGGUCCAGCUCAACCGCGGAGCUACACCCACCAGAUGCCGGAGCAAUCACCGUAAAACACAUGCCUCCGGCAAGUGUUAUGACCCGACUCAUACUGAUCAUGGUUUGGCGGAAGCUUAUCCGCAACCCAAACACGUACUCCAGCCUCAUUGGUGUCAUUUGGUCCCUAGUAGCAUUUAGGUGGCAUGUGCAUAUGCCCAAAAUAAUAGAGAAAUCAAUCUCCAUACUGUCUGAUGCUGGUCUUGGAAUGGCUAUGUUCAGUUUAGGUUUGUUUAUGGCUUUACAACCUAAGAUGAUUGCUUGUGGGAACUCGGUUGCUUCAUUUGCCAUGGCUGUUCGAUUUCUUACGGGUCCUGCAGUCAUGGCAGCAGCUUCCAUUGCUGUUGGUCUGCGCGGCAACCUUCUACGGGUAGCUAUUGUUCAGGCUGCACUUCCUCAAGGGAUUGUUCCAUUUGUGUUUGCCAAGGAGUACAAUGUCCAUCCAGCCAUUCUUAGUACAGGGGUUAUAUUUGGGAUGUUGAUAGCACUACCAAUUACAUUAGUCUACUACAUAUUACUUGGUUUGUAAGGUAUCUAAACAGUAUAAUGAGUGGCUAUCUCUUUUUGAAUUUGAAUCUUCUUUACGUUUGGAGUAUUCAACCAUUCUUGGUGACCAAAGCGUGGAUUGUGCUGAAAUUUUAGCAAGCAUGAGGAUUUUUUCUGGAGGGGCUGAGCAAAAAUCACUAGCUCGUAUCCUAUGAUAUGUUUGGUUUGAGAUAAGAAAGAAGGAAGAAAAAAAAAACAUGAAAAUCAAUAAAUGAAUUUGAACUAUUUUUAGUCUAAAUUCAUUCCCGUAUUUUUCUUACUUUCAUUUUUCUUUCCCUCAAACCAAACACACUAAAGAAUAGGAAAAAUCCUUCGGGUUUCCAAAAAUUUGGGAACAACAGAUAAAUUGACCCAUUGACUCAAAUUCUGAGAAUUCUAGUAGCCAUGCACAUUGACACAAUUUUCAAGAGCUGAGAAAAAGGAAGUAGUAGAACAUAUGAGAGACAAAGCAGAGGAAAACAGGGGAAAACAAAAGUGAAAAGAGUCAAUGAAAUCUAGAAAUGACUCUUCUAAGGAACAUUGUUUAUUGUUUAUCAAUUUAUUUAAUAUUAUUACUAGAUAGUAGUAUAUAGUAUUUUUAGUACUACUUAGUUUAGUAUUAGUAUUUGGUUUGAGAAAACAAAGCUCAUGUAUAUUUAUCAUUUUUAUCUUGUGAGCAAUCAAUGUGUCUGUCUUAGAA